AUGGCAUUUACUCUCCGCGUCUUCGUCCUCCUUUGUGGGCUCAGUGCACUGAUGCCUGGAGCUUGGUCUGUACCUAAGAACCCAAACAUUUGCUGUCCUGAGGGAUGGACUCAGUUGGAUGCUCGCUGUUACAUCUUCAAAGCUGAAAGCAGGACCUUCAUAGAUGCAGAGAGCGUCUGCAACAUUCUUGGCGGCAAUCUGGUCUCAAUCCUCAGUGCGCUGGAGAAUUCCCUCGUUCAGAAACUGAUCCUUGUUUCAGGCGCAAGUGAAGCCUGGAUUGGACUCCACGAUGCCGUUGAGGACGAUCAGUUUUUCUGGACUGAUGGCAGCGAAUUUAAGUUUGAGAACUUUGCCCAAGGAGAGCCUGGAAAUGAUGAGUGUGUGGUGAUUCAGACUUCAGGAACAUGGGAAGGUGAAUCAUGCGACGACCCCGAGCCAUACGUCUGCCUCAGAGAUGCGGUCUGCCCCCGUCACUAAUCCCACCUUCCAACAACCAUGUCUUUCACUCCUCACAACGAGUGUACUGAGAAGAUAUUAUACUUUAGUGGUGUCUUUGUAUCUCCGGGUUGACUGUUGACUUUUCUCCUCCUCCACUGUUCAGUUGUUGGAUGUGAAU